AUGUCCGACCUGACGAUUUAUACGGUUGCAUGGAUUUGUGCUAUUGGAACAGAGCUCGUUGCGGCCAAGCAAUUUCUGGAUGAGACACAUGACGACGCAGACCAGCUACCCGACCACGACGAUAAUACGUAUAUUCUCGGAAAGAUUGGAAGGCAUAAUGUUGUCAUCGUUGCAUUGCCCUACGGGCAAUAUGGUCUUGUUAGCGCUGCAAUCAUUGCUCGAGACAUGGCGCACAGCUUUCCUAAGCUACGCUUCGCUUUGAUGGUUGGCAUCGGCGGUGGCGCACCUAGCAGAAGACAUGACAUUCGGCUCGGCGAUAUUGUUGUAAGCUCACCUAGCUCGGGCUUGGGGGGCGUGCUUCAAUAUGAUUUCGGCAAGACUAUCCAAAAUGAGAGCUUUCAGGUGACUGGACACCUAAAUCAGCCACCACAAUGCCUAUUGAGGGCAAUCUCUAUCCUAGAGGCUGAUUAUGAAAGCGACGGCAAUAGCAUCGACAGGAAUAUUAUUCGUAUUCUCGAUAAAAAGCCACAUUUACGCGCGAAGUACGGAAAGCCGCACCCAAGUACGGAUAGGCUGUUUAGCUCUGUGUAUAAGCAUGCCGGAGAUAAAGACCAGGAGUGCACAGCCGUAUGUGUCGAUGCAUCGCAGUUGGUUACGAGACCUGCGCGACUCCAAGCGCAUCAAAAUGGCCCAAUGAUUCAUCUUGGACUUAUUGCUUCGGCAAACCAGCUAAUGAGGGAUGCAUAUAUGCGCGAUCGGCUCUCAUUUGAGAAGGACGUAUUGUGCUUUGAAAUGGAGGCUGCCGGGCUUAUGAACCAUUUCCCAUGCCUCAUCAUCCGUGGCAUCUGUGAUUAUUCGGAUACACAUAAAAGCAAAGAGUGGCAAGGCUAUGCAGCCAUGGCAGCGGCUGCUUAUGCAAAAGACCUUCUUCGCAAAGUCGGGACUGGCAGGGUAGAGGCUGAGCAGAAGCUCGUCGAUACUCUUUUCAAUGUUGGUACCGAAGUUGCCAAAGUGAACCUCACUAUUCGGGAUCAAACUCGACAACAAGAAAGACGAAACCGAGACGACAAAGACAGGCAGUGCUUACGUGACCUUUUCGUGACGGACCCGCGCAUCGACAAAAAGCGUAUCGAAGAAACCAAAGGCGGCUUACUUGCAGGUUCUUACUCCUGGAUUCUCACGCAUGAAAACUUCAAUCGAUUUCGCAACGACCCUCAUAAUCGACUUCUUUGGAUCAGAGGGGAUCCUGGAAAAGGCAAAACGAUGCUUCUUUGUGGUAUUAUUGAUCAUUUGCAAAAAGACUUCUCAGCCCCACUGGCCUAUUUCUUUUGCCAAGCCACUAUAAACGUACUGAACAACGCGACAUCUGUGUUACGGGGAUUGAUUUAUCACCUUGCCAGCCAAAACGAUUUGCUUAUUCAGCAUAUACAAAAGCAGUAUGAUGAUAAAGGAGAGAAGCUAUUCGCUGGUGCCAACGCUUGGUACGACGUUCGACAAAUCGCGAUCGCUGUCUUGAACGACCCGAGUGUGAAAAACGCUAUUAUAAUUAUCGAUGCCUUAGACGAGUGCUCUAUCGAUAGGGAACAACUUCUUGGAUUUAUCGUUGAUUGCCCGAAAGUACGAUGGAUUGUAUCCAGUCGUAAUUGGCCAGACAUAGAAGCAAAGCUCAAUAGCGCAAAGCACCUCAAUACGCUCCAACUCGAGGUGAAUCAAAAUGCGGUCACCAACGCUGUCAACUUCUUUAUCGACUACAAGGUAGACCAGCUGGCAAGAACCAAGCCAUAUAAAAAAGACACAACAAAAGAAGCUGUGCGACGCCACUUGAUGGGAAACGCCGAAGGGACUUUCCUGUGGGUAGCCCUGGUCUGCCAGGAGCUUGCAAGUCCCAAGGUUGCAGAGAGGCAUACGCUAAGCAUGUUGAAUUCAUUUCCUGCAGGGCUCGACGACCUUUACGAGAGGAUGACUGAACAUUUAUUUGAGUCUGUGGAUGCCAAAAUUUGUCGCGAGAUCCUGGCCCUAGUUUCGAUAGUAUAUCGACCAAUAACCUUAGAUGAGUUAAAGGGCCUGGUCCGCUCUACCGAAGACCUCGACCAAGAUGAAGUUCAAAGCAUCAUUGAAUUAUGCGGCUCCUUCCUCACACUUCGCGAAGGGACGGUUUACUUCGUUCAUCAGUCCGCAAAAGAAUUCCUGCUCGGGAAAGCUUCACACAGGAUUGUACGAUCUGGUACUCAACGCCAACACGGGAAGAUCUUCGCAGAUUCGAUGGAUCGUUUAUGCAACACCUUAAGGCGUGACAUUUAUAAUCUGCGCAACCCUGGAUAUCUGACUCAUAAAGUUAAGACUCCUUCUCCUGAUCCGCUGUCGCGUAUUCGAUACUCUUGUGUUUAUUGGGCAGAUCAUCUUGAAGACGCAGAGCUCGUGACAAAAGGAGGCAUAAACGAAAACUCAGUGAUCAAUAUCACUCUGUACUUUCUCAAGACCAAAUUCCUGCAGUGGCUUGAGGCUCUAAGUUUGAUGCGCAACAUCCCAGAAGGUGUUCAAGCAAUGCAAACGCUGGCAAGAGUCCUGGCAAACGUUAACUCCGAGGAGCUGCAACGUCUUGCUUACGAUGCUCGUCGGUUUCUUUUUUCACAAAAAGGGGGCAUUGGAAUUGCUCCAUUGCAGACGUACACGUCAGCGCUCAUAUUCAGCCCGACGAACAGUCUUAUCAAAUGGCUGUUUCAAAAGGAAUACCCUACUUGGAUAGAAUUGGCACCGGAAGUUGAGGCGGAUUGGAACGCCUGCCUACAGACCCUCGAGGGCCAUUCCUCUACGGUCCAUUCCGUGGCGAUAUCGCCCAACGGCCGCAGACUAGCAUCCGGCUCAAAAGACAAAACAGCUAAGCUCUGGGAUGCCGAGUCGGGCGCCUGCUUACUCACUCUUCAAGGCCAUUCUGACUCGAUCAACUCUGUGGCGAUUUCGAACGAUAGGGUAGCUUCUGCCUCCGACGACAACACGGUCAGGCUUUGGGACGCCGCAUCAGGCGCCUGCUUGCAAACGCUCCAAGGCCAUUCUGACUCGCUUAAUUCUGUGGCGAUUUGGAGCGAUAGGGUAGCUUCUGCCUCCGACGAUAAUACGGUCAAGCUAUGGGACACUACAUCAGGCACCUGCGUACAGACUUUCCAAGGCCAUCUUAACUCGGUCAAUUCCGUGGCGAUGUCGAGCGAUAGGGUAGUUUCUGCUUCCGAUGAUAAUACGGUCAAGCUUUGGGAUGCCGAAUCAGGCGCCUGCCUGCAGACUCUCCAAGGCCAUUCUGAUUCGGUCAAUUCUGUGGCAAUGUCGAGCGAUAGUUAUAGGGUAGCUUCUGCUUCCGACGAUAAUACGGUCAAGCUCUGGGACACUAUGUCAGGCACCUGCCUGCAGACUUUCCAAGGCCAUUCCUACUGGGUCAGAUCAGUGGCAAUGUCGACUGACGGCCGCCGGCUAAUAUCUGGGUCAGAAGACAAAACAGUCAAGCUCUGGGACGCGGAAUCAGGCGCCUGCUUGCAAACGCUUCCAGGCCAUUCUAACUCGGUUUAUUCUGUAGCGAUCUCGGCCGAUAAAGAUAAGCUGGUAUCCGGCUCCGAAGAUAAUACGAUCAAGCUCUGGGAUGCCAAGUCGAAUGCCAGCCUACAAGAGCUCAAUAGCCAUUCUUUGCCAUUAUGGUCCGUGGCAAUUUCGGCUGACCGUCGUCGGCUGGCGUCCGGCUCAGAAGAUAAGACAAUCAAGCUUUGGGACGCCGAAUCGGGCACUUGCCUCCAAACGUUCAGAGGUCAUUCCGCAGCCGUAUGGUCCAUAGCAAUCUCGACUAAUGGCCGCCGGCUGGUGUCUGGCUCCGACGACGAAACAGUUAAGCUUUGGAACAGCGAAUCGGGCGCUUGCUUGCAAACAUUCAAGGGCCAUUUUUACCCGGUCAGAUCCGUUGCUAUUUCAACCGACGGAUCUAGACUGUCGUCUGGCUCAGAUGAUAAUACUAUUAAGCUUUGGGACGUCGCAUCCGGUGUGUGCCUGCAGACGUUUCAGGGCCACUCCGCGGCAGUAUGGUCUCUAGCAUUCUCGACCGAUAGCUACCAGCUGGCGUCCGGCUCCGACGAUCACACGGUGAAGCUUUGGAGCACCGAGUCGGACGCCUGCUUACAGACGCUCAGAGGCCACUCCUCGCGAGUCAGGGCCGUGGCGAUUUCAACUGAUGGCUGCAGGAUAGUAUCUGGGUCACACGAUAAGACGAUCAAGCUGUGGGACGUUGUAUCCGGCGUCUGCGUGGAAACAAUCAAGGUAAACCACUGUAUUUAUUACUUAUCGUUUGAACCAGAUAAUCCGUCUCAUAUUUUGUCGAACACGGGCUAUUUUACUUUUGAUUCGCCUUCUAUCGACUCUGCACCAUCAAGUCAAGCUGCUUCAGCAAGCAACCGUAGCUAUUACAAAUAUGGCAUUAGUGCUGAUAACGUUUGGAUUGUCCAAAACGGCGAUAAUCUAAUCUGGUUGCCACCGGACUAUCGGCCUCUAAAUACGAUAGUAUCAGGACCAAUGGUCAAGAUAGGAUCUGCAUUGGGUCGUGUUUGGGCGAUCCGACUUGCUGAAAUGGUGAAAGAGUAA